AUGAAGCACCACUUGAUGAUUGGGACGUGGACCGCCCCCGGGCGCAUCUACACUGUCCAGUUCGAUGAUGAGGCUCUGACUCUGGAUCUGGUCAAGAAGACCGACAUCCCAGAAGCUGAGCCUAUCUCAUGGAUGACCUUUUCUCAUGAUAAGAAGGCCAUCUAUGGCGCCGCCAUGAAGAAGUGGAACAGCUUCGCUGUUAACAGCCCCACGGAAAUUGUUCAUCAGGCAUCACACCCCGUCGCUGGCCACCCCCUGGCCCCCAGCAGCGAGACCAACACCCGCGCCAUUUUCGUGCUUGCGGCUCACAAGCCCCCCUACAAUGUGUACGGAAACCCAUUCUACAAGUAUGCGGGCUACGGCAACGUCUUCUCAGUCAAGCCCGACGGUGCUCUAGAUGCCAAUGUGCAGAAUUACGAGUAUCAAGAGAACACCGGUAUCCACGGAAUGGUCUUCGACCCUACUGAGACAUACUUGUACUCAGCCGAUCUGACAGCAAACAAGAUCUGGACACAUAAGAAGGAUGCGCAAACCGGUCAACUGGAGCUUAUUGACUGUUUAGAAGCUCCAGCCCCUGGUGAUCACCCACGCUGGGUAGAGAUGCACCACAGUGGAAAGUAUCUCUAUGUGCUGAUGGAGGCUGGCAACCGCUUGGGAGUCUACGUGAUCGAUGAGCGCACUCACAAGCCUGUCUUCACUCACAUUACGUACCCUCUGCUUCCUUCAGGUCUCCCACCCCGCAACAAGUACCGCGGUGAUGUUACCUUUACCACCCAGAGCGGCGAGUAUCUAUUUGCAACCACUCGCUCCAACCACUUCGACGUGACGGGAUACAUUACUGCGUUCAAGCUGGGCCCAUCCGGUGAAAUUGAGCGCCAGCUCUUUAUCAACCCCACUUCGACUAGUGGUGGUCACUCGAACGCGGUCAGCCCUUGCGACUUCACCGACGAGUGGGUUGCCAUUUGUGAUGACCAGCUGGGCUUCGUUGAGAUGUACCGCUGGCGCGAUGAGAAGUUGGCGCGUGUGGCGCGUUGUGACAUUCCAGAGCAGGGCUUUGGCAUGAAUGCUAUUUGGUACGAUUAA